CAUCACUCCCAAAUGGUCCCCUCCCCCGAAGCAAGGGGAGAAUCUUUUAAAAACAUCUAUGUAUUGUGUGAGCGAAGUUUUGUCUUCGAGAUGGCUCGUGGAUUACUAGAUUGUGUCUGCGAAAUUGGGCGCGAUGUUUUUGUUUUUGUUUGGUUUCAUCGAUUGCUUGUUCUUUUGUUUCCUGGUUCCUACUCUUUGAGAAAUUUGGGGGUUAUGUGAUUACUGAAGUUGGAUGCUACUAUCCUUAGUGUCUAUGUUGAUUCCUGAUCGAAUUAGAUGUUUGUUGUUCAGAGAUGGGUGGGGUUGGUUCUAAAGACGGGAAUUUUCUUUUCUGAUCUUGCCUCUUAAUUGUGUUUGUAGCUUGAAUUACGAUGUGAUUUUCUUGCAUCGUGAUGAAGUUCUCUGCAGGCUGCACUAAGCAAUACUUAUCGGAAAUAGCUGCAAACUUGGGGAUUUGGAUGAUCUCGUUAGAGUGGAUUUCUGUGGAGUGAUGUGAUGUUUCCUAAUGUGGGAUCAUUGGUGUCUCUUGAAGUUGUAUUUAUCUCUCAUUUUUGGUCCAAAAAUAAUGUGUUCUUUGCAUUUUCUUCUUUUUGUUAAUUUUCGUUGGAUGUGAGAUUCUUCCUUGUCUUAUUGUGUUGUGCUUGGACACUGUCUAGCCAAUUAACUUUGCUCUCUUUGUAAUAUUUACACGAAGAGCAUUGAUUUGAAGGUCAGAUACAGUGGAAUGGAAUCACGUCCAAUUGGUACAAACCCAAAAGAUCUGAAGGAUCAAACUGCUUUACCUACCAUAGUCAGUGCACAACCAUGGUGGUGAUGAAGUAGCUGCUGUGCAUAACAUCAAUGGAGUCCAUGGCACAGGUGAUGCAAUUAAAGAGCAGCAGAAUAUUGGCACAAGAGCAGAUGGGAAUCUUGGAGAUAAAAACCAGAAUCUGCAGCCUACUUCCUCAGCUAUGGCUCUUGUCAUGCCUGAGAUUAUUGCACCCCAACUUGAACUUGGACAAUCGAUCGCAUGUGCUGCUUAUCCAUAUAAUGACCCUUAUUUUGCUGGUCUAAUGGCAACUUAUGGAACUCAAUCCCUAGUCCAUCCUCAAAUUAUUGGAAUGUUGCACUCCCGCAUACCUUUACCUCUCAAAAUGGUGGAAGAGCCGGUGUAUGUUAAUGCCAAGCAGUACCAUGGAAUUCUCAGGAGACGACAAUCUCGUGCAAAGGCUGAGCUCGAGAAAAAAGGUAGUAAAUCUCGAAAGAAGUCCGAUCAUAUAAAGUAGUAUAAUGCGAAGAACACUUGAUUUAACGAACUGAGAGUUUCGAAUUGGCCGGCAUAUCUUCACGAGUCACGCCACUUACAUGCAAUGAGGAGGGCCAGGGGUUGCGGAGGUCGUUUCGUUAACACAAAGAAGGCAAAGAAGACCCACGACGGAGCUACUAAAACUGAUGCACCAGUUUCAUUAAUGCAGUCAGCUCUCUCUUUGAACUCCCUGACCUCCGAUGGCUCGAGCAACACAAAUCCACCGAGCCGCAUCCAGAAAGCAACAACACCUGAAUCUAAAGUGUUCCCCAGAACAAAAGGUAUCUGCCAAGAGAAGUCUGGAUCACAAACUGAUCUAAAACCAGGUGAGAAAACCGAAGAUGAAGACCACCUACGACAGCUUUGCAGGAGGAUUCCUGUGCUCGAAGAAUGCAUUCACACAGAAUUGAAGGUCUAAGCAGAUAAAUAGGAGUGCAAUUGGAGGCCAGGGGGGUCCUUCAAAAAGGGACUUGUUUAUAAUCCUGAUGCUCGAAGGCAAUUCAUUCUUGGCUCGGCUUCCUUUCUUGUUUACAUUUCCUUUGUGUUGUGUGUGAGGAAAGUAGUAGUUUAAUUUGGAAGACAAUGGUAGUGAAUGUAUUUAGUUUUAGGCAUUUACACUAUCUACAAGUUGCAAGGGAGAUGAAAACUAGUGUGAAUU